AUGCUAAACGGCCCGGUUUCCGACCAAACGCUUGAUCCGGAUUACCAGUUCUCCUUCAACUUCAACAGUGAACCCGUGGAGGUCCAGCAGAAGUGCCAUUGGAAUAACUGCUACACCAACUUCGCUAGUGAUUCCGCGCUUAGAAGCCACAUCGUGAACGACCACAUCAACGAAGAGUACUACCGCUCGCCCCUUCCGCAGUCGCCGCGGUACCUCACCAGCUACCAGUGCGAAUGGGACACGUGCAACUAUAACUCCAACGAUAGAGAGUCAUUGCUAGCGCACAUCAAUACCCACGGCGGUUCGUCCUCGCUCAACCUCCACGGCGCACCACACAUCGACCUGACGGAAAGCAUCCUUACCCCAGCUUCUCCCUUUGAGCUGAGUAAGCCGGCGGACCAAGAAAUCCUCAGCCCUGAGGCUAUUGGGGCGGCCCACACAUGCAUGUGGCGCUCUGGUGGCCUGGCCUGUCACCAGAUGUUCGCCCUGGCGGGCGGCUUGACCAACCAUAUCAUCUCCGCCCAUGUGGGGUCGGGUGUCUCCUCCUACACCUGCCAUUGGGACGGCUGUUCCCGGUGCGAGCGGCCAUUUUCCCAACGGCAAAAGAUUCUCCGCCACAUCCAUGUCCACACAAAGUACAAGCCUUUCCAGUGUCCGCAAUGCUCGACUUCCUUCACGAUGGGGUGCAUGCUCGAGCAGCACAUGCGCACACACUCUGGCGAAAAGCCGUAUAAGUGUCUCCAGUGUGCCAAACGCUUUGCCACCUCCACCGCACUCUCCAUCCACUUCCGCACCCAUACGGGCGAGAAACCCUUGGAGUGUAAGUUUCCCAACUGCGGCAAGAAGUUCAGCGAGUCGUCGAACUUGGCAAAACACAUGAAGACGCAUUCCAAGUGUUUUCGCUGCGAAUUGUGCGAGGGUGUGGAGUUCAAAAAGAAGACUGACUGGAAUCGCCACAUGAAGAAGGUUCAUUUGGAAUCCAGUCCCGAUGAGGAGGAAAGGAAGAAGAGUAAGUUGUCUUGA